AUUAUAUAGUAGGUAAAAAAAAAACACGACUUUUAUAUCAAACAAGGAGAAAAAAAAAUAAGUAUCUGACUUAGAAAAGCAAAUGCAUCCCAUAAUGUUCUGGAACAUUUGUACUUGCCAUGCCGCAAUUAUAUAAACAUUUUCAUGUUCGGAGUACUCCACGUACUUUUUCUCCCUCUUUCUCUCUCUCUCUCUCUCUCACAAACACAUUUAGAAGCUUGAAGAGAAGAAUAAUGAAGGGGAAGUUUCUGAGAGGUUGUCUUAACAAGUGGAAGAAAGUGGGGAGUCGAGUGAUCCAGUGUGGUGCCUACGGUUACUGCUGCGAGUGGGAAGUGUGGCCAUGGAUGCAGAAUGAAGGAGAAUCUGAUAUUCCGAACGAUGUGCCAAAGGGUCAUUUGGUUGUGUACGUGGGAGAACACCACAAGAGAUAUGUGAUAAAGAUCACGUUGCUCCAUCAUCCUCUCUUCAAGACCUUGCUGGAUCAGGCUCAGGAUGAGUACGAUUUCAUUGCAGAUUCAAAGCUCUAUAUUCCUUGCACUGAGCAUCUUUUCCUCACUGUCCUUCGCUGUGCAACCUCUCCACAUAAUCAACGACUCUCUCUCUGCGUCUGAGUCAUUAUUUACCUCUAACAACUACCACCACACAUAUAUAUAUAUGUAGCCAUAAAAUAUUAUGUUGUAGAUCGAGGUUCUUGUUAUUUGUGAUUUUUCUCUUAUCAGGGAACAUGCAGAGUUAAUUAGCGCAUUGAGCAAAUUAAGGGAAGUUCAUUAGUUUUCAAUAUAUGUUAAUUACUUGA